AUGCCAACUCCAAGCAAGGCGUCUGCCUCUGCCAAAGAGAAGGAUCGACGAAAAUCCUCCGGAAAAUCUUCGAAUCUUAUUACUCUGCGCGUCCCGUCUAUCAAGCUUAAGAAGCUCCUCGACCCGACAUCCGUUAAGGAAGAGUCGCCCGUAAAGGAGUCUCCUGCUUCGACUACCCUUCCCAGCGAGCCAGCUCCGGCCGCGUCAAAUGGCGACAAUGGUUCAGCGUCUAGUCCUGGUACCCCAGCCGCCGCGGGAACGCCGUCGCAGGUGCCUAUGGGACCCCCGACAGAGGCUCCCAAGAAGAAAGGCGUGAAGAGAAGUGCUGCUAUGGCGAAUGGAUCUGACCCAACGGCUAAGAUUAGGGGCAAGCCUGGCCCUAAGAAGAAACCUAGAUUGGAGGACGGCACUAUUGAUCCUAGUGGACGAGCCAACGGAGGCAACUAUCACAAACUCGGACCGAAGGCAAAUCAGGGUGCUAUCAACGCCGGGCUUCGCGCACUUGAUCGAUCAGGUGCCCCCUGCCGAAAGUGGAACAGGGGCGGCUUCAGAGUGAAGAGCUUUACUGGUGUCAUCUGGGAGGUUCCUCGUUGGACCGCCCCGCCUAAACCUAAGCCUCAACCCACCGCAGAGGGGACUGCCGCCUCUGCCGAGAGCAGCAAUAAAGAAAACAAAGAGGGCAGCCAGUUAAAGAGCGAUAAUAGCAAUAGCCAUGCUGAUGGUGAACAGCAAAGCAUGCCACCAAGCGUGAAUGCGAGCUCGCCGGCUCCUACACCUAUUGCCGCUGCUUCUUAG